CUGUGGCUCCUCCCACAGGCCCCUGUAUAAAGGAGACCUGCGGCCUGAAGAUCGGCCUCAGUCUCCAGGACCUUGUAUGAUAGACACUCACUCCUGGUUCCUUCUUCCAGUCAAUAAAAGCCGAUAUCUCGCCUACGUCUCAGUGUGAGUUAUUGAUGGUGCAUCAAUUUUAUUGACUGGAAGUUUUAAAACAUGGAACCCGUUUUGCGUCCGGACCGGUUGGAUUUGGACCCUCAAGACCCUGACGCAGCUCUCGCUUUUGAACACUGGCUUGCAUGCUUCCAAUCGUACUUGGCGGAGCUUCGUGCGACUGAACCCGCCGUUAUGCACAGAAUCCUACUCUCGAGGGUCUCCUCCAAAGUUUACUCCUUUAUCCGGGACCUGCCGACCUACGAAGGGGCACUGGACGCCCUCAAACGACAGUACCUGCGGCCGGUGAACACCGUCUACGCAAGACAUCGCUUAGCUACCCGGCAACAGCGGCCUGGCGAAUCGUGCGCUGAGUUUCUCCGAGCACUACAGACACUCGUCCGAGCUUGUGACUGCAAGACGCUCACGGCAGAACAGCAUACGGAGCUGCUGGUGCGAGACGCCUUUGUGACGGGACUGAGGUCAGUGUACAUGCGCCAGCGGCUGCUGGAGAACUCGGAUCUUACCUUAAGCUCGGCGAUAGAGAAGGCCAACGCUCUAGAAGCUGCGCGGCAUAACGCCGACGCUGUCCAGUCGCGCGAUUCCCCGCCGGUUUCGUGGACGCCUCAGACCCCGCCACCGCUGGCUCCCGGGAGCGAAUUCGCCAACGCCGCCGCCAGUCGCCAUUCCACGAGCUCCCCGACCCAGACCAUGGCUGUGGCCUGUAAGAAACUCGUGCUUUGUUAUUUCUGUGGCCAAAAGAAACAUCCUCGACAACGCUGUCCAGCGCGAGAAGCGACCUGCUCCAGCUGCGGAAAGCGGGGCCACUUCGCCAAGGUCUGUAAGUCUCAACCUCGAGCGGAGUGCAGCGCUGCGGGUGAAACGUGGGGGCCGCCAUCUUGCAUGCCGGGAUGUGGGCGGCCAUCUUUGUCGACGUCAGCACGCCCCGCCCCCGAUCCUCGGAUGCUGACCGGGUACCCCGGAUGUGAGCGGCCAUCUUUGUCGGCGUCAGCAUGCCCCGCCCCCGACCCUCCGAUGCUGACCGGGUACCCCGACGGCGAUCCAACUCUGGCCACUGUGACUCUCGACCAAAGCGCCCCACACCAGCUUGCAAGAUCCAUGAUGGACAUCCAGGUGGAGGGGCACUGGACUGGAUGCCUGUUUGACACGGGCAGCACUGGGAGUUUUAUUCACCCGGACACAGUGCAACGCUGCGGACUUGCAACGCGGCCGGUCAGUCGGAGGUUCCAAUGA